AUGAUGGCUGUAUUUUUCAGUAUAAAUUCUCAAGCUUAUGCAGGCAACAUUUAGCUGUACGAUGAUCAAUAAACCCUUGUUUCUACUUUCAAUUAAAUAUUCAAACCUAUAGCUAAAAUAGCUUCUAACAGUAUUAUAGGAUCAGCUCUCUAUGAUCCUGAUGAAGAUUAUGUUUAUGUAUCUAAUUCUGGUUAUUACAGGCAGUCAGGAUUUUAAGAUACUUUAGUAUUGAAAUAAAGCUCUGUAACAGGACAAGUUUCUUGGAGCAGACUUUAUAGCUCUGAUUCUUAAGCUUUUUUACCGUUUAUGGCUUACAACAGCAAAUCUAAGAACUUAUUUGUUGCUUCUACAGCAACUUACUCUCAUUUGAUUAAAAUUUCUGCAGAAGAUGGCUAAACUCAAAUUAGAGUUCACUUGAAAACUAGUUCUUUUAGUGGUUUUCAACAUAUUGAAUUAGCAAUUGAUGAGUCAAAUAAUAACGUAAUAGUUUUAGCUAUGUCAGUUGGAACUGCAGUUGUUGAAAUAAUGACAUUAACCUAGAAUUUUGAAACAGUCUCCUAUGCAUACUAAACUCAUAGCUAGGUUACAAAUACUUUUGGAAGAUUUAUAUAUUAGGUAGGGGAUUGGUACUACUAUCUAGUUAAUGUGAUAAAGUAUGGCUCAGCUUCUUAUUCUGGAAAUGAAGUAUUGCUUGGCAAAAGAUCUAUCAAAUAUGAUGAUUAUUCAAGAUAUGAGUGUCAUAGUUCAACAUUUUCAAAUUAUUAUGCUCUUUAGACAAACUUUUCUAUUUCAGAUUCUUUAUUGCCUUCUGAUGUUCUAUACUUAUCAACCAUGCAACUAGUUACUAUUGAUCAAGGAUACAUCAAAUCAUAUUAGUUGUAGACUUACCAUAGAAGUUAGUUACUUCCAAAUCCAGACAGUCUUGAUUCAUUGGGAUUGUAGCAUUCACUUGUUAAUGCAACAUUGUGCUCCUCUGUAACUGGUUACAGUGCCCCAAGUAUGAUUGAACUAGAUCCGAUUGAAUUAAUCUAAGGAAGUUCAGUAUCCUACACACUAGAUAGCUCAAAGUUUAGAUAAUGCUAAGGUCUAGAUGUAACCUAUAAUACUACACUUGAUGAAACAUAUAAUUCUACAAGAUCAGCAACUAAUUCCUUUAUCACAAUAUCUGGGAACUAGAUUACUGUUGAUGCAACAAGUUCAACUGUAUAUCCAAGUUUUAGAUAGUUGAUCAUCACUAAUGUCUGUACUGCUGGAACUACAUUAUGUGCGCCAUUAGUGAUUGGUUCAUUCUAUUUCUAUAAAGCAGAUGUUGACAAUAAUAAUGGAAACUUUUUAAUGUGUGGAUAAUACAAUGGCCUGAUAAACAGUUUUUAUAAAGACAAUCCAAAUAAUGGUGCCAUCUUGCUAUCAGAUAUAAAUGGAAAAAUAAUGUGGGCUUUUACAAAUACUCAUGUCUUUGCUGGAAAUGAUACUUGCUUUCUUUCAUGUCAUUUUAGUGAAACUAAAUAUGUCUACUCUGGCUUAGCUAUAGCUAAUGAUAUAUUUGCACUUUUAAAAUAAGAUUAUGCCUCAGGAAAACUUAUUUAUUAGAGAUAAAUACCUGGAAAGUAUUAAUAUAACUAGAGAUAAACAGCCAAUCUCUUUUAUGACAAUAAUGAUAAAGCUAUCUAUGUUACAGGAUAUAGACAUGAUCAAAAUGUUAUUGGAAAUAUUUGGCAAAAUUAUCUGGCUAAGAUUGAUGUAUCCUCAAUAAAUCCUACUUAAAAAUGGUAUAGUUUUAUUAAAACUGCUAAUUAGUAAGCUACUUAUACAAUUACCUCAGCAGCGUUUUCUACCUAGAGUUAUCAGCCUAAAAAUGUAAUUUAUAAUUUAGAUGAUACUUUUAGGGGAAUAAAUAUGGAUUCAAGUUCAGUCACAAAAUACUAGAUAUUCAUUUACGAAGAUAAAAUUUUCUAAUUUUUUUAUGCCCUUGGUUUCAACUAUAUAUCAAAUCCAUUCAUUGAUUAUAAUAGUUAUGUUACAUAAACAGUGUAUCAAGCAGAUUAUAAACUGACUCCUGUAAUAAAACAAUACAUGGAAUUUUAUCCCUUCUAAUCCCGAAUUAGUUUCAAAACUGCAGAUUAUAUUGGAUGUAGGAAUGAUGGAUUAGAGUUUAACUUUUUAUUAGAAAAUUAGAUAAUAGUACUACCAAAAAAUGAGCACACUUAUACAUUUGAUUGGCCUAUUGAUUGCAUUGGAAGUGAAAUAAUCUUCUCUUGGAGUAUUGAUGGUUAUAAUACAAAUUUUUAUAAAAGCUUCAUAAACUUUACCAACACUUCUAGUAUUAGCACUAUGACUGUUAAACCGAAUAAUUCUCAUAUAGGCACCUAUAACAUUAAUGUCAAAUUUUAUUCAUAAUCUUAUCCAGCUUAUCAAGUCACAAAGUAAUUUAUUUUAGAAAUCUAUCCAUAAACAGAAUAUGGAAGCUAAAUUAUUGAGAGUUAAUGUACAGGCUCUUUAUUUCCUGCAAUUUUUUCUAAAAAUUCAGAUUAUCAAGUAUUUUAUGGAGAUGUUGAAGAAAAUGGGGUCAAUUAUUUGAUAUGUGGAAAAACUAGAACAACGAAUGCAUUAUAUUCUCCAUAUGAUUAGGCAUUUAUUAGUGUAUUCACAGCUAAUUUUGCACCUAAAUUCUAAUUGAAUUUACAUGUAACUGCUGGAGAUACCUCUACACGAGUUUGUUUAUUUGGCUAUGAUAAAAGAAUAUUUUCUGCCUCUAAUUCUAGAGGAACCUCAGGCUUUGAUGAAUCAAUUUACUUAUUCUAGCAUUCCUACACUGGAAAAUUUAUCAAUGGAAAAUAAUUCAGACUUGCUAACAAAAAGAACAUUUUAAGACAAUACAUAGUUAACAAAGAUAGUGGAGACUAGUAUCUUUAGGGAAGUCAAUAAAGUAGUCCAUUACAAAUACAUUAUUAUCCGACAACGUUCAUCAUGAAACUUGACAUAGACUAUAAUGUUGCUAUGUUUAGCAGUUAUAGAACUUCAUAAAAUUAUCAAGAUUAAUUUCCAAAUACCUUUGCAGUAGAUUUCGUAAACGCUUAGAUUUAUUCUAUAUUUAAUGGAUAUUUCGGAGCUGCUAGUAAUUUUCUGUAUACUGUUUUGUAAGUUAGAGAAUCAGAUGGCAAGAUGUAGUGGGCUAAACAAAUGAGAGAUCCUGGUAAUUCAACUUUAGUAAUAAGAACACCUGAUUACACAUUUUCUCAGUCAGGAUUGCUAAUAAAUGGAGGAUAUGUUUAUUCAUGCAUAACAGUUAAGAUACCAAGUGGAACUACAAUUGGGUUCGAAGUCUAUCUUACAAGACAUAACUAAACUGAUGGUUCAAAUCUGCUGAAAACUGAAUUAGCUUACGGAGUUCCCUCAGCAACUUAAAAUAUAACUUCAAACUGGAAUGGAUGCAAUAUUUAAUAUUCAGAUUCUUCUCAGCUAAUCUACUUAAUGCAAGCAGAAGUAUCCUCCAUGAACAUUAUGGCAUUUUAUGCAAACUCUACCACAUCAUUUGACUUUAAAUACACAGUGAUCAAAUUUUAGAUGACGAAUUAUGUUCAUUAGUAUUAUCAUAUAAUGCCUAGGGAUGAUCAAAUAUAUUUCUUCACUUCUGCAACUUAUUCAAGUUAACCGAUCGGAGCAUUUUUUAAACUCACAGAUUAGUACAAUAUAGACUGGACUGACACAUGCCAAGUAUAUAGUAGAGAUUCAACAGGCUACCAGGGCUAUUUAAUGCCAAAUGGUAUAUAUGGCGAUCAAGGGUCCUCUUGGAUAGAUUACACAGAAAUAAGUCAAUUUAAACCAAGCCCAAGCUCAGUUUAGAAAUAUAUAAUCAAUCCAUAAAACUUUAGAAUAUAUGCCAUCGCAAAUUAGACAGCCUACACAAGACUGCUAUAUGGAAAUUGCAGUUUCAUGUCCUACCCAUAAAGUUUCUAGAUUAAUAAUAGAACAGGAUCCCCUCUUAAUAUCACUUCAGGAGGAUUUAGCGUUAGUUUAAACAGAUAUUCUAUCCUCCUACCAAAGUUUAUUUAAUGUGCAAAUUUAGAUCUUACCUAUUCUAUAUAGAUCACUCCUUCAAAUGGCUCGACCUUUAUAACAUUUAAUUAAACUUUGAUGACUAUGAGUGUUGAACCCUCGAGCAACACAUAUAUUGGCAAUUAUUCAAUUAGAUUUUAGGCGAUAAUAACUAGUUAUCCUGCUUACUCAAAUUAUUCUGACUUUGUAAUAGAAAUAGUAAAAAAUGUUCCUCCUAAUCCAAUUAUGGGUUUCAAUUCUACAGUCAAUAUGUAUGCUCACCAAAAUCGAACUUGGGAGAUUCAACUUGAUUCAGAUUUAGAGGGUGAUGAAGCUAUAUUUAAUGUGACUGUUCUUUCAUCUUCGCUAGUAGACAUAAAUUCUACAAUAUCUUUUCUCAAGAUUGAUUAUAAAGACAAUCAAGGCAUUAUCUUCUCAGUAAUAAAUCCUAGUUAACCUCCAUUGCAAGCUGCAUAUAUUUGCUAUUAUCUCAACAUCUUAGUCUUUGAUAACUAUAAUAAAGCUACUCCGAAUUCAUAUUUGAAAUUACUAAAUAUUAGUCAAAAUAAUGCCCCUUUUCUUAAUAGUGGUAUUAGUUUGAUCAUUCCGAAAAUUUACAUUACAAAAGCUUUCACUUAUACAUUAUGGUAUAAUAAUUUUACAGACUCAGAAAAUAAUUUAAUAAUAAUUACUUGUGCUAAAUCAACUGAUGCGCCAAAUACUGAUUGGAUUACUAUUGAAGUCAAUAAAACAGUUAAAGGAAAUAUUACUUUCUUUGGUUAGACACCUCGAAAUAACUCCUAUGCUGGAGUUUAUAAAUUCAGCUGCACUGUCAAAGAUCAAUAUGAUGGAACACCUAAUAUUUACAAUUUCUCAUUGACAGUUUUGGCAAAAUAACAAAUUUAAAUCGUUAGAUCCUAAUCAAAAGUAAAGCUUCGCUUACCUCAAACAAUAACUCUAAGGUUUGAUAAAUUCAGUUCCGAUCCCUAGCAAGAACCUAAUUAUUACUCUCUCUUUAUAAAUGAUACUUUAUACAAUACAUCUCUGUAAAAUAGUUGGAUUGAUUGGGACAAUUUGACCAGUAAGAUUUAUGUAAAACCAAUUAGCAAUGAGAAUGGAGGUAAUCAUUCCAUGGCUGUAAAAUUUGAGGAUUUUAUAUCUUAACCAAGAUUUGUGAAUUUCACGCUUGAGAUCACUCAAAACUGGCCAUUGAUUGCUAAAAAAGAUUUACCAAACAGAGUUGCAAUCGUUAAUAAUUGGUUCUUUUACAACUUUUCUAAGGAAGAGUUGUUUUUAAAUCCUGAAGGAGAGUAAUUCUAAAUGUACUUUAGAUAAUCAGAUACCGGAAACAAUCUACCUUAUUUUAUCUCAAGAAAUUUCUCAAACGGAACAUUAGGAGGCUACACAUUCGAACCUGAUGUUGGCUCAUACAAUCUUCAAUGUGUUGGUAUAGAUGAUGGAAACUGGGAGACAAUCAUUCCUUUCGUUUUAAUGGUCAAACGAUGCAAUUAAGCUUGUAACCUAUGCUAUGGACCCUCAUCUUCACAAUGCUUUAAUUGCACAGAAAUUAUUGAGGAAAAUGAAAUAGGAGAUUUUUAAAAGAUUGGAUAUUUAUUGGCAGGAACUGAAUGCAAGGUUCCCAGAUGUAUCAAUGGACAGUACUUUUAAUGGGAAAAUAAAUUGCUAGAUGGUAUACAUUAUGGCAAGUGUGAAACCUGCCAUAAAACUUGCAAAAGAUGCUUUGGACCUAAGUAAAAUUAAUGUCUAUAAUGCUAUGAGGGUUUUAUCAUCAAUAACUAGUUGAAUAUUUGUAUACCAUGCGAAGAAAUUCCUGGAAUGUUUACAAAUGAAGAGUUGGAAUGUGAAGAUAUUUGUGGUGAUGGAAUUGUAGUAAAUAAGUAAUGUGAUGACGGUAAUCUUAUUUCUGGAGACGGCUGCAGUAAAUUGUGUCAAACUGAAUACGGAUUUACUUGUUUAAUAGCAAAUUAGGCCUGUAGAGAAAGCAUUCCACCACUAUUCUAAAUUAAUACUAUAACUCCAAAAAAUUUAGUCUAUGUUGAGUUUUCUGAACCAGUAUUUAUAAUAGAUGAAGGAGCAAUUUCCUGGAAACAUUAUUAUGGAUCUGAGAAUGUUAAAAUUUCUUUUCAAAAUUAUUCAAUGAUAAGGGAUGAAGCAGGAAAUGAACUUACUGAGGGAUCAUUUACUAUGACUAAUCCUUAUCCAUUCGUUUAUUUAUCUUAAUCAGAGACUGAUACUGCUUAAAAUAGUGGAAAUUCUUUGAAAUACACAUUCCUAUCAGUUUUUAGCUUUAAUCUUGCUCUAAAAUUAGUAAUGAAUAGCUCUAUGUAAUUUUUAUGGGGGUUAGUUCAUGCACUCUAAGUUUUUAAUUUCUUGCUUUACAUGAACAUAGACUUCCCAGAUAAUGUCCUGCUAUUCUCCAAAUAUAUGCAAGUUGCUUCAGGUAAUGUCGAUGAGCUCUAGAAUUACAUUCCAAAUGUAGCUGAUUAUAUGGUUUAUGAAGAAAAUAUUUCAGAACCAAAAGAUCAAGAAUAACUUUAGGAAAGUUUUAAAGAAAACGAUAUAUCGCCUUAUUUUCUUAUAUCUUUUGGAUAAAAGCUUACUAUAUGGACAUUCGGUUUGCUUAUAAUUCUACCAAUUGUGUUGACAAUGAAUAAACUAUGUAAAAAAAUAAAAAUGUGGGAAAGUGUCCUAGGAUAAUUCUUCUUUAAUGGACCACUUCGAACUUUUAUAGAAAUGUACAUUGAAUUAAUUUUGCAAGUCAUUAUAAACACUCAAUUCAUUAAGUUUGAAAAUAGAGAUUAGAUCAUAGCUACUUUAGUUGCCUUUAUAUUUGGAACCAUAUCUAUACUACUACCUUUUCUUUCAAUGACUGUCAUAUAUCAUAAUCGUAAAAUGAUAAAGAAGUUUUAAUGGAAGAAAAGUUAUGGGAUGCUUACUGAUGAAGUAAGAACUAAAUCUAUAAUUCAGCUAUAUUACUAUCCCUUCUUUAUGUUUCAAAGAUUAAUGAUUGCUGCCAUCAUAGUUUAUGUUUAUGAAAAGCCAUUACUAUCUUGCUUCUUGGUAAUAUUAUGCAAUAUUGCAAUGAUAUUCUAUCUAAUUUUAGAAAAACCAUUUAAGGAAGAAAGUUAAUAAACCACUACUGUGCUUGAUGAAUUAAUUAUAUUACUUUGUGUUAUCAUGUUCAUUAUACUUGGAUAGAAGUAGCAAAAUCCUGAUGAGAAAAAAAAUCUGGGUUGGAUGAUUGUGCUGCUAAUAUUAUUUAGCGUAUGCAAGAACUUUGGAGUAGUAAUCUAUUUUGGCUUCCUAAGAACAAGUGAGAAACUCAAAUUAAUGUUCUCAGCAGAGGAUCAUCAAAAUGAUUCAAUACAUUCAGGUGAAGAAGAUGAUAGCGAUUUGGAUGAUGGUUUUGACACUGAUGAAUUAGAAUAAGAAAUAAAAGAAGAGACUUAAAAAUUAAAAAAUACAAGGACAUAAUCAUCAAUUAUUUUAACAACAACUCCCUAAAACUCUUCAUUUAAUGAGAUUUAUUCACCAUAGAAAAUAUUCAAAUAAUUAGCCCACAAAACUUCUUCUAAAUAAUAUUUCUAAAGUUUUAAGAUAUUGUCAACAACCUAAUAAAAUUUGAACCCUACUAUACCAGGAUAGAUUUAAACAAAGGAGACAUUAUUUUGA